AUGUCAGACUUGAGCGACGAGUAUCUGCUCGACGACGACGUCGAGGAUACCAUGGACGAGGAUUCGACCUACGGCUACGAUGACGCCGACGACGACUCGGGAGACGAGGACGAAGAGCUCGGCUUCGGCGACGCAGACGAUGCUUUUGCCGCUCCAGAUUCUGCAGCCGAGCGUUCAAAGAGCUACGAGGUCGAGUACAAGUCACAUACCGUGGCUUCCAUCGAGGAAGCGCAGCAUAAGGAGGUCGAACACGUCGCAAGCAUGUUCAUGAUCAAGGACACCGACGCCGCCAUCCUGCUCCGCCACUUUGGCUGGAACAAGGAACGUCUCAUUGAACGUUACAUGGACUCUCCCGAAGAGGUCAAUCUCGAAGCUGGUGUCCACGAAGAUCCAUCACGGCCCAAGCUCCAGAGCCUCGCCGAUUUCACUUGCGAGGUCUGCUUCAUGAGCUCUGACGACAUGCCUGGCGGGGAGAUGGAGACGUUGGCGCUCGCCUGCGGCCACCGCUACUGUCGCGACUGCUACCAGCAUUACCUCGAACAGAAGAUUCAGGCGGAAGGCGAGUCGAGGCGAGUGCAAUGCAUGCGCGAAAAGUGCAACCUGGUCAUCGACGAGCGUACCGUCGGGUUGGUGGUGGAGCCCAAAGUAUUUGAGCGCUACAAGAUUUUGCUGAAUCGCACCUACGUCGACGACAGCAACGUCCUGCGCUGGUGUCCAGCCCCCAACUGCGAGCUAGCGGUCGAAUGUCACGUCUCGAACAAGAUGCUCAACAAGGUGGUGCCCUCGGUCGCCUGCGACUGCGGCCACCCGUUCUGCUUUGGUUGCGGCAAUGUAGCCCAUGCGCCAGCCAUCUGUCCCAUCGCCAAAAUGUGGCUCAAGAAGUGCGAAGACGACAGCGAGACGGCCAAUUGGAUCUCGGCCAACACCAAGGAGUGUCCCAAGUGCACUUCGACCAUCGAGAAGAACGGAGGGUGCAACCACAUGACGUGCCGCAAGUGCAAGUACGAGUGGUGCUGGAUCUGCGCUGGGCCGUGGACGGAGCACGGCAACUCGUGGUACAACUGCAACCGCUACGACGAGAAGAGCGGUGCCGAGGCGCGCGAUUCGCAAGCCAAGUCGCGUGCGUCUUUGCAGCGAUACCUACAUUAUUUCAAUCGGUUUGCCAACCACGAGCAGUCUGCCAAAUUGGAUCGCGACCUGUACGGACGCACCGAGAAGAAGAUGGAAGAGAUGCAGGUCACGACGGGGCUCACGUGGAUCGAGGUGCAGUUCCUCAAGAAGGCGGUCGACACAUUGACCGAGUGCAGGAUGACGCUCAAGUGGACGUACUGCAUGGCGUACUAUCUCGCGCGCGACAACAUGACCGAUCUGUUCGAGGACAAUCAGCGUGACCUCGAAAAGGCGGUCGAGGAUCUGUCCGAGCAGCUGGAGAAGCCGAUCGAGCCCAAGACGAUUCCGGAGCUGCGUCAGAAGGUUACGGAUCUGACCGUGUAUGUGCAGAAGCGGAGGGGCAUCUUGUUGUCCGACACAGCAGAAGGGUAUCAGGAGGACAGGUGGGCGUGGAACGUUGCCUUUUGA